CACGGUUGGACAUUGAGGAUCCUGUGUGCACAGUAGGACAUCUCGGUGUCCAUGGGUGGGUCUCCCCUGUGAGGACUCUGCACACAGUAGGACAUCUCAGUGUCCCUGGGGUCCCCUAACCCUAACCCUUCCCCAUGCCCCAGGCAGGGCCGACUCCCAGUCCGCAGGAGCGAGGCCCCGAGUGUCUGCUUGGGCAGCUCCCUCCUACCCACCCGCAGCUCAGGCUGGGGUGAACCCGGGCUGGCCCCUCCUCCCCAGCCCUGGCAGGGGUGUGGGUGUCCGUGUGGCCAAUCCCCGUAGGGCCGUGGCUUAUGUGUGCUUGGGGAAGUAUUUCUGGGCACAGUGUCCGUGGGGUGGCAGGAGGCUGGUGCAGCCAGGAGGAAGCGUGGCUUUCCCGGACCCGGAGGCUCAGGGAGGUCACCGGCCGGGACCCCGAUGGGCGGACGGCUGAGUGCGGCCAGCAGCUUCCCGCGCCUGCGCUGCGCGCACGCGGAGUGGAUGUCGGAGCUGCUCCCGGGACUCUGGGACCUGCCGCUGCACCACCUGUCCAUCCCAGGGAGCCACGACACGAUGACCUACUGCCUGAGCAGGACGUCCCCUGUCUCCCGCAAGGAGUCCUGGCUGCUGCAGCUUGUGUCUAAGGUGGUGCCCUGUGUCAUGCAGCCGGUGGUGCUGAAAUGGUCCAUCACGCAGGUAUUGACCGUCAAGGAGCAGCUGGACACCGGCGUGCGCUACCUGGACCUGCGCAUCGCGCACAUGCUGGAGGGCUCCAAGAAGAGCCUACACUUUGUGCACAUGGUCUACACCACGGCGCUGGUGGAGGAUACACUCACAGAAAUUUCCGAGUGGCUGGAGAACCACCCGCGGGAGGUGGUCAUUUUAGCCUGCAGGAAUUUUGAAGGGAUGACCCAGGAGCUGCAUGAAUACCUCGUGGGCUGCAUCAAAAACAUCUUUGGAGACAUGCUGUGUCCCCGAGGGGAGGUGCCGACGCUGCGCCAGCUGUGGAGCGCCGGUCACCAGGUCAUCGUCUCCUACGAGGACGCGCACACCCUGAGCAGGCACCUGGAGCUCUGGCCCGGCAUCCUGUACUGGUGGGGGAACAAGGUGAAGACCGACGAGCUCAUCGGCUACCUGGAGUCCAUGAAAAGCCGCGGCCGCCCAGACGGGCUGUUCGUCGCGGGCAUCAACCUCACGGAGAGCCUGGAGUAUGUCUUGGUGCACCCGGCCGCGUCCCUGCAGAAGCUGACGCUGUCCAACCUGCCGCGCCUGAGCGCCUGGGUCCGCGAGCAGCGCCCGGGGCCCGCGAGGGGCUGCACAAACAUCAUCGCCGCAGACUUCGUCGGCGCCGACAGCUUCGUGGGCGACGUCAUCGGGCUCAACGACAAGCUGCUCUGCUGCGGACAGUCCCCUUCAGUCGAGUCCUGAGGCUGCGGGAAGGAUCCUAGCCCAGUAAGCGUGGACACUCCAGCCGCGUGCCCCCAGCACAGGCACCCGUGGGAUCCGGAGCAGGUCUGCUCGGCCUCCUCUGGCCUCCUCAGGCUUCCCCGACCUGCGUGUCCCCUGGAGCUGGGCCCAUCCUCGUUCUUCACUUUCUCUCCCGGGAUGGAUUACGAUAUGUGCAGCCGAGAAAACGUGAUUCCACCGUAGCAUCUUAGAGGAAGACUUACCCGUGAGCGGGGGCUUCACACCUCCAGGUUCCAGCCCACCUGUCUGGCAAAGAAAGGAGCUCCCGGUCCUCUCACCUUUGAGAACAGUGGGAUGGAGCUUCCAGGGGCUUGACGAGCUCAAAAUUACCAUGUGGCUUGGAUAGGACUGAGGGUGUGUGAACCUGCUGAGAAAAGCAUGAGAAACAAAGGAGAAGUAACCAAUCUUUAAUUCUCAUGGAAAGCACAGACUGUUCUCUUUGCCCUGGCACCGCAGCUCUCCUGGGGCUGCUGGUUUUACGUUGUCUUUUCUGACGGUUCAGAGGGAUGAAUUUAAUGGAGGGGGGCAGGAGUUUAUUUCAAAGAUGAAAAUGAGCAGCAGAGAUAGAACAGUGUUGGAGACACGCUGCCCUCCCACUUCCCAGAGGCCUCCAUGGUGCCUUCUCCAUGCAGGUGUCAGUGGAACAGGUAUGAGCAGGUGUGACACAGGUAUGGAGGGCUGUCACCUUACACAGCACACCUUGCACACCUUACCACUGCACAGCAUCCUCCUCCCUGUCCCUCGUGUCCUGCUCACACCUUCUCUCUCAUCCGCCGCUUCCAGGAAGGACCCUGACCCUCCUCCUCUCCCACUGCCCACGAGGCCCAGCUGUGACUCUGCUUCACAGAAGGGCCGGCCCCCGCCCCUCUCCAGCCCUCUGCAGCCCUCUGCAGCCAACGUGACCGGGUGACAGCUGCCCUCUUCCCUGCCUCUGCUGCCAACCACCGGUCCUACUUGCCCUCACGCUCACCCUUUAGCCCUCUUUGUCCCCACCUGUCCUUCUCCCCUUUCUCCCAGGCCUCCAUGGGUGUUUCUUUUGCCCCCAGCCCUUGGGCCAGACCUGCCAUCUUUCCGGCAAGCCCUUGCUCUGCCUUCCAACACCCGGGGGCCAGAUUUCAAACCCCCACAAAUCCAGGAGCCCCUCAUCUCAGCAGGUGGCUUACAGAGCGGGAGGGUUUGGCUCCUGGCCCAGUAACGAGUUUGAGCACAGCUCUUACUUCUCCUGCCCUACGAGGUGCCUCGGAAUUCUUGUCCGGCUGGCGUCCUGGGCACCCCCCUUAGCAUUAGGUUUUCCAAGUCUGCAUCGGAAAUGACUGUUUAGACCAGUUGGAAUGUGUUCUCCUUGGGAUCUGCUUCUGCUUUGAGUAUCCGGUUGCCAGGAUCAAUGAGAACCAGUGGGUUUCCAGGGGCUGCCUCAGGCCUGCAGCUUUCCUGAUCAGGCUUCCCGAGGAGCAGAGCCUGAUGCUCAGGGAGAUCAAGCUGCAGACGAGGUACACGGUUAAUAAUGAGUCACAACAUAAGGACCAGUAUUUCCCUCUAAACCUGGGUCAUGGUCACCUUGGAUCUGGGACAACAGGAACCAUUUAAUUCUGCAGAACAAUUAAAAGCAAUUAAAGCCCAAAAUGGGCAUGAA